CUCCAGCCGUUGCCGUAUAAACAAGCAUAGCGGUUUUCAAACGUAAAUAGUGAAACUCCACCCGUGUGGGAUAACAUGUGACUCAAAACGAACUGACUAAAGAUUUCCCGCGCAGUGUUGUCUCGUCCAGACUCCAGUGAACAGCUUCAAGAUGGCAGGAAUAUUUGACGUCCCGAAACCCAGAAUAAUCUGCUCUAUGUUGUCCCAGAACAUCAACAAACCCGUCUGCUUCGUCGGUCGUGUUGAGAAGGUUCACCCCUCAGGGAAGACGUUCACAGUUUGUGAUGGAGAAGGAAAGACAGCGACUGUUGAACUGAACGAUCCUCUGGACGAGGAGCUGAGCGGAGUGGUGGAGGUGAUCGGGAUGGUGUCCAACAAAGGAGUGAUAAUGGCCACGACCUACAACAUGCUGCGAGAGGACAAGGGCGUCCCUUUUGAUCUGGAGCUGUACACUGAAGCACUGAAGGUGAUCCAUGACUUCCCGCAGCACUACCCGUUUCAGGUGGCUGCCAGUGGAUGAGCUCUGGCACUCUGUCGCGUUUCUGUCGUGAUGAAAGUUUGUACAAAACGUGUUUAUAUUAAAUAAGUUCUGUCUGUGAAAUAAACCUGUGAAGACCAA